UUGUACUAACUUGGACAGAACUCCUCUUUAGUUAAAAUUUAUCUUAAAUAAGUAAUUGUUAAAUUUUUUUAUAUUCAAGAUAUCUUAGCAUUUUAAAUGGUAAAAUUUCAUGUAAAAUUGUUUAAAUAUGUUUAAUAAAUUUUCUUUAGUAUGUUAAUUUAAUAAAUUUUAAUUGUCAAUAGCUCUGGAUCCCAAAUAUAAAAUACCAAAUACUCGGAGGUCAUAGCCAUUACCCACCCAAAGAACCCAAAACUGCAUUUCCUUUCAUUCUCGGCAAAAUUGACGAUCUGACGAUCUGUUUGGGAAGAUGCCACUAAUCUGCUGCAGGUGUGCUAGGCUGCAACUGAUGGAUUUUGCUUCGGAGAUGCGCGCACAUAACACAAAGAAGCACUUGGAGUUAAGGGAGGAAUGCAAACGUUGUCUCAAUGCUUUCGCCCAUGCUAAUGAGCUGCGGGAGCAUCAAAAUGGAGAGGAACAUUUGGUGUUUUCUUUACAAUUUACUUCUUAAAACAGGAAUCUGGAAACUUACUGCUGCGUAACAUGUUCUAAGACUGUGCUUGGUUACCAAGGAAUGACAAGUCAUAAUAAAUCCAAGCAUUCAAAGCUGACGAUCUUCUGCAAGUUCUGUUUCAGUGCAUUUGAAUCCGAGAAUUUCCUUGACUCACAUCUCUGUGAGUGUCAAGCCAAGUAGGGUAAGUUCUCCUAAAUUGGAUGUUUUGUUUAUGAUUAGGAUUAUUGCUUUUAGGUAUGGUAAGAAAUGGGUUGAUGAUAUUGAUCUCUUACCCACCUCUCAUUAAUUUGAUAUUAACCUGUUUAUAAUUGAUGGCAUAGGAUUAUCUUAAUCAUGUUAUCAUGUUGUAAUUGGUGUACACACUGAUUAUAGAUUUUGUCCCAUUCUUGUGAGUAAAUCUAGUGGUUCGUUGCUCAAAAAACCACUAAGAAAUUGGUCAAAUGGGAUAAAACUCAUGGGUUAGAUGUGUUUUUCAACCUGGAUUUCCUGUCUUCUUCAACAUUUGUCAAUCUGCAAAUGCUUGAGCUUUUUCUCUUUUUGAUCCCAAUUCCCAAGUUCUAGU